AUGGGACCAGAAAUACCUAGAGUGAGCCAGUAUCGAAACCUCAUCCAGUCCUCUCCGCUCUAUGAUAAACUCCUUGCUAAUCUCCAGCGGGAGUUGGUUCUCGCACCAACAGCGCCAAAUCUCAUGGAGAAGAUAAGUCAGACCAUUCGUCAAACUUUGGUUCCACAGGUUAGCGAAUGGCCUUUGUCAUUUUCGGCCAACUUUUCAGUCAACUGGAAUCCAUUGCUUCCCCCUGGUCACCUGCCAUACCCCGAGCCUCCUGAUGUUGCCAUAGGAAAGGUAAUUACCAUAACGGGAUCAGCAAACGAAGCGCAGGCAAUAUCAUGUCUAGAAUAUCUUCGCCAAACCUGGCCCAUAACUGGGAUUAAAUUGUUGAAGCUGAUACAGAAACUCUUGGGAAAACGCGGCUCAGAUGCCGCAUUACCAGAAUGCUUACCGGACGGCACUCAGAUAAGUGUUGUUAAUCAGCGUUCUUUACUACUUAAUGCUACAGAUUUAUAUGUUGCCGUAAGAGGAACAGUGGCUUCAAUUUCAGAGAUUGGAGAAUGUCUAUCGUGGAUGGGCGCUGCUUUCUGGCAUUCUCACGCUCGCUCCGCAGGCCUGUCCUAUGUCCGACCAAAUAUCUUUUCUGCCGGUAAUGGGGUAUACAUAAUUGGCUAUGAAAUAUAUGAAGGAGAGCCUCGCCAGACAAUCAAUGGACAAUGCUGGCACAAACUAUUGCGCCAUCCACACAUUGUGAAUGGCUACCCCAUUCUUCGAAGGCCAGUUAAGAAGCCCACUUACGGUCUCGAGAUCCCUAUCGAAGUGAUGGCCAAACUGGCUGAAACAAAACGAGUCAAUUCAUUUGCAGGCAAUAUUUAUAUUAAGGGAUUCUCGACACUACUAGUUCCCACUGGCCGUGAGGAGAAUAUGAUUGUAUGGCACCUGAUCUCUACAGACGAUGGCAGGCGAGUUUCAUAUGUGGAAGGAAUGAAGCUCUCUCCCGUCAGAAUCCAUUUUUCAGAACUGAAGACGUCUCGCCAUGUGCUUGGAUGGUGUUCUGAAAUGAAAUUCUACGCAGGGGCGAAGGACAUCUCGUAUGAUAUCAAGAAUUCGCGACUUCCAAGAGCAUCUGGUCUCCUCUGUAAUGCCUCUGUCACUUUCGGUCAGCUUCUCAUUGGGGGGGCGCCCUUUUGGAUUGGCCAUAUAAAUCAUCCGCCUCAAACUUCUCGGCAUGAAUAUGUGGACAAACUCAAAUGGAUUUCGAAUAAGUUUAUCGUUCUUUGGGAUGACAAAAGGCAGUGUGGCUGGUUACUGAAUGGAACGAGUGCGCUACUACACCUUGUAUGUGCUUCACUUGAGCUUAACAGCCGGAAUGAGUUCUCCUCGGUGAUACUAUUGAACUUGUCGAUGAUACAUUCUAGGAGCACACACCAGACAUCUUCCGCGCUAGAGGUACUUCUGAUUCCUAAGAACCUGAAGUUAAAGGUAUACCCAGAGGGUGAUAGCUUUAUCAAGUUUCGGGGCUAUGUCCUCAAGAUCUACGAUGUUCUAGAGAAGAUGCUUGACCACCAGAUGGCUAUCGAUAGUGAUAUUACCAAUUCACCGAGAUCUCUGCUGGAGGGCUGGGACUUCAAUGACAUCUCUGCUGAGCGAGAUCCUAUAUGCCCUCGAGCAACAGUCUUGGAUCCCACUGGGCGGGCAUGGGUGGAUCUGACAAGAGCAGUCCAUGCUGUUACAUUAUUUGGUCAGGACUUUGGAGAAAUCAUCCGUCCGAUCAAUGCAUGCUCUGAGUGGAGCAAAAUGCCCCCUGGCCGCUCCUAUCUUGCCGUUUCAGAUGAUGAUCUUCAACUAAUCAUGUUGUCCAACUGCGGCAACCUGGACUCUUAUCCCCCAAGGUUGACCGAUAGCCUGAUUUGGUACAUACCAGAGAAGACCCCCGGCAAAUGCGUCUGCAACAAGGAGAGCAAGGAGUCAGAUUCAGACAUCGUUCAAGUUCUAUUACCAUCGUGCAUGGAGCCUCAGCUUCUAGUGCCUGGUCUUCAGUAUGAGCGGCAAAGAGGUGGCGCGUUUAUCUUUGGAUCCCACUCAACCCAUCAGUGGUUCUGGGAUGAUACUGGUAAUCCAUCUAGAACGCUUUGUGAACCAAUGCCAUGUCUCAAAGCAAAUGAAGUCAACAGUCCCGUGUUGGGUGACAGCAGUACUGGCAAGAGCAUGUCGCUGGAUUUAUGGGACGAUUCAACUACAUCGAACCUAGCCACCCAACCAUCGAGCCCCGAGCGAGAGCUCUCUCAUGAUCAAUCGCGAUCACAAGCACCGCCGUGUGUUAGCAUUGCCGACUACAAAGUGGCAAUCAUUUGCGCUCUUCAUCAGGAGCUUGCGGCACUCAUCAUGCUUUUUGACAGCAGCCAUGGCGAUAUGCUCGUCUCGGCCACUGAUCCUAAUUCGUACGUCUUUGGGAGGAUGUGCAAUCACAAUAUUGUGGCCACUUGUCUCCCCGACGGCGAGUAUGGGACAAAUUCGGCAGCGGAUGUUGCUGCAAACAUGAAGCGGAGUUUCACUUCGAUCAAGUUCUGCCUCUUGGUUGGCAUCGGCGGGGGGGUCCCAUCUGCCGCCAAGGAUAUCCGCCUCGGAGACAUCGUAGUGAGCAAGCCAACCAACUCGAAUGGAGGCAUCCUGACCUAUGAUAUGAGAAAGACUCUGGGGAAUGGCGCAUUCCAACUCAAUGGCUGCCUACAACCUCCUCCUCGAAAUCUCCGGUCAACUUUAAGUAUGAUGCAGUCGGUUCCAGGGAUGUCUGACCCUCUGCAGGAAUACCUGGGGCAGAUUGAGCUCAAGAACCCAGCAUACAAAUACCCCGGGGCUAAAAAUGACCGAUUAUUUACAGCAGACUACGUCCAUCCCACAGAAACAGAGACCUGUACCGCCUGUGACACCUCCGAAAUCGUCACCCGUCCUCCCAGAAACUCCAGCCAGCCACACAUUCAUUACGGCACCAUCGCGUCCGGAAACCAAGUGAUCAAGGACGCGGAGACGCGCGAUCAUUGGGGCACUAGGCACAGUGUCCUCUGCUUCGAAAUGGAAGCGGCGGGGAUAAUGAAUAUCUUGCCCUCACUCGUCAUCCGCGGUAUUGGUGACUACUGCGACUCGCAUAAGAACAAACAGUGGCAGAAAUACGCCGCUGCUGCUGCGGCUGCGUACUCGAAGGUGCUUCUUUCUCACGUGCGAACGGAGGCCCUAGACGACGAUAGGACAAGUCCUACUGCUGCGCCUGUCUUGGAGCGUGCUCGUGCUCCGCAACGAUUGAAUAGGUCCACCAUGACGCCUGCUGCGAAGCGUAGACGGAUAGGGGAGGAUAAAUAG